AUUUCCAUAUAUAGCGUCUUUGGGAAAAUACCACCCCAUCAAUUAUGUAUUUUUUUAAACACUGCCUUUUAUUUCUCUGUCUAAAGGGGCCCAUUUAAUACUACGAGUAAUGUUCUGAGUAAUACCAGGCUUGGCACAAAUGAGGUGCUUAACUGAGUUCCUUAUUUUUAUUAUCCAUUGUCUGCUAACCAGUUUUCUGUUGUUUCAUUUAUUUGCCUUUUCCCUAGGGAAGGAAGGAUGGCAGCUCGGUGUGCACUGAAAGCUGUCUUGGUGGAUCUCAGUGGCACACUUCAUGUUGAAGACUCAGCUGUGCCAGGUGUGCAGGAAGCUCUUAAAAGGUUGUGCAGCGCUCUAGUUAUGAUUUGGUUUGUGACCAACACAAUGAAGGAGUGCAAGAGAGACCUGCUGGAGAGGCUGAUGAAACUGGGCUUCGACAUUGCUGAAAAUGAAAUCUUCACAUCUCUGACAGCAAUCAGAAAUCUUCUGGAGCAGAAGCAGGUGCAGCCUCUCCUCCUGGUGGACAAGAAGGCCCUGCCUGACUUCACAGGGAUAGCCACUGAUAACCCCAUUGCAGUGGUCAUAGGACUGGCUCCUGAGCACUUUCACUACAAGAUGAUGAAUGAGGCAUUUCAGUAA